AUGUGCAAGCUGAAGCCGUCACGGAAGAACGAGGAAUCCAAGUCGACGAAGCUUUCCGGAAGGAAUUCGAAAACUGAAGUCAACAUUGACGCUGCGAUCAAGUCAGACUCCUCUUUUCGGGAGAAAACAAGCGAGGCAACCAGUUUGUUUAAAUGGCGUCUCAAAAAGAAUCCGAAAACUAAAGUCAACAUUGACGCUGCGACCAAGUCAGACUCCUCUCUUCUGAAGAAAACAAGCAAGGCAACCGAAUCGACCUUAAGGCAACCGCUUCUCAAAACAUCUUCAAUUAAUGAGAACGUCAAGUAG